ACAAGCAUGCGCGGAUUGGUUUGAAUCAAACCGUGAUGGCGGCUCUCGCGACUCGAUAGUACGUUAUCUUCCUCAGUAGUCCUGGUAAAAACGAUCGAUGAUGGCGACAUUAGUCUUGGACAACGGAGCAGCGACUGCGAAGAUCGGAUAUAGUCAAGACCCAGUCACAAUCAUCCCAAACUGUCAGUUCCGCUCCAAGACUUCCCGGCUAAAAACUUUCACUGCUGACCAGCUCGAUGAGAUCAAAGAUCCAUCUGGACUCUUCUAUAUCUUGCCCUUUCAGAAGGGUUACCUUGUCAACUGGGAUGUCCAGCGAAAGGUGUGGGACCACUUGUUUGGGAAGGACAUGUUCAAGGUGGAGUUUGCGGACACGAGCGUCAUCAUCACUGAGCCUUACUUCAACUUUUCGUCAAUUCAAGAGUCCAUGAAUGAGAUUCUCUUUGAAGAGUACCAGUUCCAGUCAGUACUCAGAAUCAAUGCUGGUUCACUUAGUGCCCAUCACUACUUCCACACGCACCUGUCGGAGCUCUGCUGUUUGGUGGUAGACAGUGGCUUUUCUUUCACACAUGUUGCUCCCUACUGCAGAAGCAAAAAGAUGAAGGAAGGCAUCCUCAGGAUCAAUGUUGGAGGCAAACUACUGACCAAUCACCUAAAGGAGAUCAUAUCUUAUCGACAGUUACACGUGAUGGAUGAGACUCAUGUUAUCAACCAGGUUAAAGAGGACGUCUGCUAUGUCUCUCAAGACUUUUAUAGGGACAUGGAGGUUGCGCAAUUAAAGGGAGAAGAGAACACUGUGAUGAAAGACUACGUUCUUCCAGAUUUCAGCUCCAUUAAGAAAGGGUUCUGUAAGGCUCGAGAGGACAUGGUGUACAACGGGAAGUACAAGACUGGGGAGCAGAUCCUUAGAUUAACAAAUGAGCGCUUCUCUGUCCCAGAAACUCUGUUCCACCCCUCAGACAUUGGGAUCCAGGAGAUGGGAAUCCCAGAGGCUAUUGUGGCUUCUGUCCAGUCUCUGCCAGAGGAAAUGCAGCCUCACUUCUAUAGUAAUAUUGUUCUUACCGGGGGAAACACUUUGUUUCCCGGCUUCAGAGAGAGAAUGGAGGCAGAGCUACGCUCUCUUGUUCCUGCCCACCUGCCUGUUUCUGUCACUCUUCCUGAAAAUCCUAUCAGCUACUCCUGGGAAGGCGGGAAGCUUCUCGCGCACAGUCCAGACUAUGAUGAAAUGGUGGUGACCCGGGAAGAGUAUGAGGAAAAUGGACAUUGUAUCUGUGAAGAAAAGUUUGAUAUAUGAUCAGAGCAAAUUCUGGUCCGUUUGCCUAUGCCUUUGUCUGUUUAUCAUGUUCAAUGCCUAAGUCAUGUGCAUGGACAUGCUCUUGUGGAUUGUUGCUGCCAUUGAUACAUGUUUUUUUUUUUUUUUUUUUAAACAAGAACAAGAUUGUUGGUGUUGUUUUUCUGUCUCAGAAAGUGGAUUGGCCAAUUGUUUUUUGAUAUUAGGAUUACAAAUUUUAUUUUUCUACAAAAAGGCAAAUGGUAACUUUUUGGUGGUUAUCUCAAUAAAUAUGGGCAUAAAAACUCUUCAUAACAGUUA